AUGGUGAAAAUCCUCACUCAUUUUGGAUCAUUGUUUGACUUGGAAAAUGAUCUUCCUGAUGAGCUGAUCCCCAAUGGAGGAGAGUUAAGCCUUUUAAACAGUGGGAACCUGGUUCCAGAUGCUGCUUCCAAACAUAAACAACUGUCGGAGCUUCUUCGCGGUGGCAGCGGCUCUAGUAUCAACCCAGGAAUAGGAAAUGUGAGCGCCAGCAGCCCUGUGCAUCAGGGCCUUGGUGGCCAGGCUCAAGGGCAGCCGAAUAGUACAAACAUGGCCAGCUUGGGUGCCAUGGGCAAGAGCCCUCUGAACCAGGGUGAUUCAUCGACCCCUAACUUGCCCAAACAGGCAGCCAGCACCUCGGGGCCCACCACCCCUGCUUCCCAGGCACUGAAUCCGCAAGCACAAAAGCAAGUAGGGCUGGUGACUAGUAGCCCUGCUACGUCGCAGACUGGACCUGGGAUCUGUAUGAAUGCUAACUUUAACCAGACCCACCCGGGCCUUCUCAAUAGUAACUCUGGCCAUAGCUUAAUGAAUCAGGCCCAACAAGGCCAGGCCCAAGUCAUGAAUGGAUCUCUUGGGGCUGCUGGCAGAGGAAGGGGAGCUGGAAUGCCUUACCCUGCUCCUACUAUGCAGGGAGCCACUAGCAGUGUGUUGGCUGAAACCUUAACACAGGUUUCCCCGCAAAUGGCCGGCCACACGGGACUGAACACAGCGCAAGCAGGAGGCAUGACUAAGAUGGGAAUGACUGGUAACACAAGUCCAUUUGGACAACCCUUUAGUCAAACUGGAGGGCAGCAAAUGGGAGCCACUGGAGUGAACCCUCAGUUACCCAGCAAACAAAGCCUGGUUAAUAGUUUGCCUGCCUUCCCUACAGAUAUCAAGAAUACUUCAGUCACCAAUGUGCCAAAUAUGUCACAGAUGCAGACAUCAGUGGGAAUUGUACCCACACAAGCAAUGGCAACAGGUCCUACUGCGGAUCCUGAAAAACGCAAACUGAUACAGCAGCAGCUGGUUCUACUGCUUCAUGCUCAUAAAUGUCAGAGACGAGAACAAGCAAACGGAGAGGUUCGGGCCUGCUCUCUCCCACAUUGUCGAACCAUGAAAAAUGUUUUGAAUCAUAUGACACAUUGUCAGGCUGGGAAAGCCUGCCAAGUUGCCCAUUGUGCAUCUUCACGACAAAUCAUCUCUCAUUGGAAGAACUGCACACGACAUGACUGUCCUGUUUGCCUCCCUUUGAAAAAUGCCAGUGACAAGCGAAACCAACAAACCAUCCUGGGGUCUCCAGCUAGUGGAAUUCAAAAUACAAUUGGUUCUGUUGGGACAGGGCAACAGAAUGCCACUUCUUUAAGUAACCCAAAUCCUAUAGACCCCAGCUCCAUGCAGCGGGCCUAUGCUGCUCUUGGACUCCCCUACAUGAACCAGCCCCAGACGCAGCUGCAGCCUCAGGUUCCUGGCCAGCAACCAGCACAGCCUCCAGCCCACCAGCAGAUGAGGACUCUCAACCCCCUGGGAAACAACCCAAUGAACAUUCCAGCAGGGGGAAUAACAACAGAUCAGCAGCCACCAAACUUGAUUUCAGAACCAGCUCUUCCAACUUCGUUGGGUGCUUCCAACCCACUGAUGACUGAUGGUUCCAGCUCGGGUAGCCUUGGAAGCCUCAGCACAGUGCCUGCAGCAGCGCCUCCCUCCAGCGCUGGGGUCCGGAAGGGCUGGCACGAGCACGUCACUCAGGACCUGCGGAGCCACCUGGUGCACAAACUUGUCCAAGCCAUCUUCCCAACCCCUGACCCUGCAGCUCUGAAGGACCGUCGCAUGGAGAACCUGGUUGCCUACGCUAAGAAAGUGGAAGGAGACAUGUAUGAGUCUGCCAACAGCAGGGAUGAAUAUUAUCAUCUAUUAGCAGAGAAAAUCUAUAAAAUACAAAAAGAACUAGAAGAAAAACGGAGGUCGCGUUUACAUAAGCAAGGCAUCUUGGGAAACCAGCCAGCUUUACCAGCCCCCGGGGCUCAGCCUCCUGUAAUCCCACCAGCUCAGUCUGUGAGACCUCCAAAUGGACCUCUACCCCUGCCAGUAAAUCGGAUGCAGGUUUCUCAAGGGAUGAAUUCAUUUAACCCAAUGUCUUUGGGAAAUGUCCAGUUGCCACAAGCACCGAUGGGUCCACGUGCUGCCUCCCCCAUGAGCCACCCUGUCCAGAUGAGCAGCAUGGCCUCAGUCCCAGGGAUGGCCAUUUCUCCUUCUCGGAUGCCUCAGCCUCCGAACAUGAUGAGCGCACAUGCCAACAACAUGAUGGCCCAGCCACCCACUCAGAACCAGUUUCUGCCACAGAGCCAGUUCCCAUCAUCCAGUGGGGCAAUGAGUGUGAACAGUGUAAAUAUGGGGCAGCCAGGGGCCCAAGCAGGAGUGUCACAGGGUCAAGUGGCUGGUGCUGCUCUUCCUAAUCCUCUGAACAUGCUGGGGCCCCAGACCAGCCAGCUGCCUUGCCCACCAGUGACGCAGUCACCCUUGCAUCCGACACCACCUCCUGCUUCCACAGCUGCUGGCAUGCCCGCUCUCCAGCACCCGACCCCACCUGGGAUGACACCUCCCCAGCCAGCAGCUCCUGCUCAGCCAUCUCCUCCUGUAUCGUCUUCUGGGCAGACUCCCACCCCAACUCCUGGCUCAGUGCCCAGUGCUGCCCAAACCCAGAGCACCCCUACAGUCCAGGCAGCAGUGCAGGCCCAGGUGACCCCACAACCUCAAACCCCAGUUCAGCCCCCGUCUGUAGCUACCCCUCAGUCAUCCCAGCAGCCGACGCCUGCGCAUGCCCAGCCCCCUGGCACACCGCUUUCUCAAGCAGCAGCCAGCAUUGAUAACAGGGUCCCCAGUCCCCCUUCAGUGACCAGUGCUGAAACCAAUUCCCAGCAGCCGGGACCUGAUGUACCAGUACUGGAAAUGAAGGCAGAGGUCAAGACUGAAGACACGGAGCCCGAGCCUGGUGAAUCUAAGGGGGAGUCUCGACCUGAGAUGAUGGAGGAGGAUUUACAAGGAUCUUCCCAAGUUAAAGAAGAAGCAGACAAUGCAGAGAAGAAAUCAGAACCAAUGGAAGUGGAGGAGAAGAAGCCUGAAGUAAAAGUGGAAGCUAAAGAAGAAGAGGAGAAUAGCACUAACGGCGCAGCCUCUCAGUCAACAUCCCCGUCCCAGCCACGCAAAAAAAUUUUUAAACCUGAGGAGCUACGCCAAGCACUUAUGCCAACCCUAGAAGCGCUCUAUCGACAGGACCCAGAGUCCCUACCUUUUCGGCAGCCUGUAGAUCCCCAGCUCCUAGGAAUUCCAGAUUAUUUUGACAUUGUGAAGAACCCCAUGGACCUUUCUACCAUCAAACGGAAGCUGGAUACAGGGCAGUACCAAGAGCCCUGGCAGUAUGUGGAUGAUGUCUGGUUAAUGUUCAACAAUGCCUGGCUAUAUAAUCGUAAGACGUCCCGGGUCUAUAAGUUUUGCAGUAAACUUGCAGAGGUCUUUGAGCAAGAAAUUGACCCUGUCAUGCAGUCCCUUGGAUAUUGCUGUGGACGCAAGUAUGAAUUUUCCCCGCAGACUUUGUGCUGCUAUGGGAAGCAGCUGUGUACAAUUCCUCGAGAUGCAGCCUACUACAGCUAUCAGAAUAGGUAUCAUUUCUGUGAGAAGUGUUUCACAGAGAUCCAGGGCGAGAAUGUGACCCUGGGUGACGACCCUUCACAACCACAGACGACAAUUUCCAAGGAUCAAUUUGAAAAGAAGAAAAAUGACACCUUAGACCCUGAACCUUUUGUGGAUUGUAAGGAGUGUGGUCGGAAGAUGCAUCAGAUUUGUGUUUUACACUAUGACAUCAUUUGGCCUUCAGGCUUUGUGUGUGACAACUGCUUGAAGAAAACUGGCAGACCUCGAAAAGAAAACAAAUUUAGUGCUAAGAGACUACAGACCACGCGAUUAGGAAACCACUUGGAAGACCGAGUGAACAAGUUUUUGCGACGUCAGAAUCAUCCUGAAGCUGGAGAAGUUUUUGUCAGAGUAGUCGCCAGCUCAGACAAGACUGUGGAGGUCAAGCCUGGGAUGAAGUCACGGUUUGUGGAUUCAGGGGAAAUGUCGGAAUCUUUCCCAUAUCGAACCAAAGCACUUUUUGCUUUUGAGGAAAUUGAUGGAGUGGAUGUGUGCUUUUUUGGAAUGCACGUGCAGGAAUAUGGCUCUGAUUGUCCCCCACCAAAUACAAGGCGUGUGUACAUAUCUUAUCUGGACAGUAUUCAUUUCUUCCGGCCACGUUGCCUCCGGACAGCCGUUUACCAUGAGAUCCUUAUUGGAUACCUGGAAUAUGUGAAGAAAUUGGGGUAUGUAACAGGGCACAUAUGGGCCUGUCCCCCAAGUGAAGGAGACGACUACAUCUUCCACUGUCACCCCCCUGAUCAAAAAAUCCCAAAACCAAAACGACUACAGGAGUGGUACAAGAAGAUGCUGGACAAAGCAUUUGCAGAGCGGAUCAUUCAUGACUACAAGGACAUACUCAAGCAGGCAAAUGAAGACAGGCUUACAAGUGCCAAGGAACUGCCAUAUUUUGAAGGAGAUUUCUGGCCCAAUGUGUUGGAAGAGAGCAUCAAGGAGCUAGAACAAGAAGAAGAAGAGAGGAAAAAAGAGGAGAGCACUGCAGCUAGCGAGACCCCUGAGGGAAGUCAGGGUGACAGCAAGAAUGCCAAGAAAAAGAACAACAAGAAGACCAACAAGAAUAAAAGCAGCAUUAGCCGUGCAAACAAGAAGAAGCCCAGUAUGCCCAAUGUGUCAAAUGACCUGUCCCAGAAGCUCUAUGCCACCAUGGAGAAGCACAAGGAGGUCUUCUUUGUGAUUCACCUGCAUGCUGGACCUGUCAUCAACACCCUGCCCCCCAUCGUGGACCCUGACCCCCUGCUCAGCUGCGACCUAAUGGAUGGACGUGAUGCCUUCCUCACCCUGGCCAGAGACAAACACUGGGAGUUCUCUUCCUUGCGCCGCUCCAAGUGGUCCACGUUGUGCAUGCUGGUGGAGCUGCACACCCAGGGUCAGGACCGCUUCGUCUACACGUGCAACGAGUGCAAACACCACGUGGAAACACGCUGGCAUUGUACCGUGUGUGAGGACUAUGACCUUUGUAUCAACUGCUACAACACCAAGAGUCACACCCACAAGAUGGUGAAGUGGGGCCUGGGCCUAGACGAUGAGGGCAGCAGCCAGGGCGAGCCACAGUCCAAGAGCCCCCAGGAAUCCCGGCGCCUGAGCAUCCAGCGCUGCAUCCAGUCUCUGGUGCACGCCUGCCAGUGCCGCAACGCCAACUGCUCGCUGCCGUCCUGCCAGAAGAUGAAGCGGGUGGUGCAGCACACCAAGGGCUGCAAGCGCAAGACCAACGGGGGCUGCCCCGUGUGCAAGCAGCUCAUCGCCCUCUGCUGCUACCACGCCAAACACUGCCAAGAAAACAAAUGCCCUGUGCCCUUCUGCCUCAACAUCAAACACAAGCUCCGCCAGCAGCAGAUUCAGCACCGUCUGCAGCAGGCCCAGCUCAUGCGCCGGCGGAUGGCCACGAUGAACACCCGCAAUGUGCCUCAGCAGAGUUUGCCUUCUCCUACCUCAGCACCGCCUGGAACCCCCACACAGCAGCCCAGCACGCCCCAGACGCCACAGCCCCCUCCCCAGCCCCAGCCCUCACCAGUGAGCAUGUCACCAGCCGGCUUCCCCAGUGUGGCCCGGACUCAGCCUCCUACAACAGUGUCCACAGGGAAGCCCGCCAACCAGGUGCCGGCACCCCCUCCCCCUGCCCAGCCCCCACCUGCAGCGGUAGAAGCGGCCCGGCAGAUCGAGCGUGAGGCCCAGCAGCAGCACCACCUAUACCGAGUGAAUAUCAACAAUGGCAUGCCCCCAGGGCGUACAGGUAUGGGGACCCCUGGAAGCCAGAUGGCCCUGAAUGUGCCCCGGCCCAACCAGGUCAGUGGGCCUGUUAUGCCCAACAUGCCACCCGGGCAGUGGCAGCAGGCACCCAUUCCCCAGCAGCAACCAAUGCCAGGUAUGCCAAGGCCUGUGAUGUCUAUGCAGGCCCAACCAGCUGUGGCUGGGCCGCGGAUGCCCAAUGUACAGCCGCCCAGGAGCAUCUCACCCAGCGCCCUGCAAGACUUGCUACGGACCCUGAAGUCUCCCAGCUCCCCUCAGCAGCAGCAGCAGGUGUUGAACAUCCUCAAAUCCAACCCACAGCUCAUGGCAGCUUUUAUCAAACAGCGCACAGCCAAGUAUGUGGCCAAUCAGCCCGGCAUGCAGCCCCAGCCCGGCCUCCAGUCCCAGCCCGGCAUGCAGCCCCAGCCCGGCAUGCACCAACAGCCUGGCUUGCAGAACCUGAAUGCGAUGCAAGCUGGCGUGCCACGGCCUGGUGUGCCUCCGCAGCAGCAGGCAAUGGGAGGCCUGAACCCCCAGGGCCAGGCCCUCAACAUCAUGAACCCAGGCCACAACCCCAACAUGGCAAGUAUGAAUCCGCAGUACCGAGAGAUGCUGAGGAGACAGCUCUUACAGCAGCAGCAGCAACAGCAGCAGCAGCAACAGCAGCAGCAGCAACAGCAGCAGCAGCAAAACAGCGCCAGUAUGGCCGGGGGCAUGGCCGGGCAUAGCCAGUUUCAGCAGCCACAAGGACCUGGAGGCUACGCCCCAGCCAUGCAGCAGCAGCGCAUGCAGCAGCAUCUCCCCAUCCAGGGCAGCUCCAUGGGCCAGAUGGCCGCUCAGAUGGGACAGCUUGGCCAGAUGGGGCAGCCUGGGCUGGGGGCCGACAGCACCCCCAACAUCCAGCAGGCCCUGCAGCAGCGGAUUCUGCAGCAGCAGCAGAUGAAGCAGCAGAUCGGGUCCCCGGGCCAACCUAACCCCAUGAGCCCCCAGCAGCACAUGCUCUCAGGACAGCCGCAGGCCUCCCAUCUCCCUGGCCAGCAGAUCGCCACAUCCCUUAGUAACCAGGUGCGAUCUCCAGCCCCUGUCCAGUCUCCACGGCCCCAGUCCCAGCCUCCACAUUCCAGCCCGUCACCACGGAUACAGCCCCAGCCUUCACCACACCACGUCUCUCCCCAGACUGGUUCCCCUCAUCCUGGACUGUCGGUCACUAUGGCCAGCUCCAUGGAUCAGGGACACCUGGGGAACCCCGAACAGAGUGCAAUGCUCCCUCAACUGAACACGCCCAGUAGGAGUGCACUGUCCAGUGAACUGGCUCUGGUCGGUGACACCACGGGAGACACUCUAGAAAAGUUUGUGGAGGGUUUGUAGCAUUAUGAGAGCAUCACUUUUUCCCCUUUCACGUUCUUGGACCUUUUGUACUGAAAAUCCAGGCAUCUAGGCUAAUCUUUUUACCCCUAGAUGGGACUGCGACUUCCAGGCUAUGGAAGGGUGGAUUGAUGUUUAAAGAAACAAUACAAAGAAUAUAUUUUUUUGUUAAAAACCA